AUAUAAUAUAUUUUGCAGCCCUGCCAUUUUUGACCACUGCUGUUGUAAUUGUGGACGAAAUUGGUUCCCUUUCCUGGUGGAGUUGGAAUGGGAAGCAAAGCAUCAUGAAAGGCAAACAGGAAAUUACCGAGGAAGAUCCUACCAUUUACUUGGAAAUUCCCAUGCACAGCCAACCCAAAUUAGAGAAGAAAUAAAGCAGAAACAGAACAAAAAUAAAUCAGAGGCAAAAAACAUCAAAAUAACAACAACAGAAAUGGGCGGAGGAGUUACUGGUCGUUUGAUAAUAUCAGAUUUUGUGAUUGCUUUCAUGUGGGUAUGGUCAGGUGCUCUGAUAAAGAUGUUUGUGAAUGGUGUUUUGCGAAUGGGACAUGAACCAAGUGGCGAGGUCUUAAAAUCCACUCUCUCAAUCAUUAACAUGUUCUUCUUUGCUUUCUUAGGCAAGAUCUCAAAGGGAGCUGCUUAUAAUCCUCUCACCAUUUUUAGUUCUGCUAUUUCUGGCGAUUUUAGUCAAUUUCUCCUCACUGUUGGAGCUAGAAUUCCUGCUCAGGUGAUUGGAUCCAUCACUGGAGUUAAGCUCGUCAUUCAGACCUUCCCUGAAAUAGGAUUUGGGCCACGCCUCAAUGUUGACAUCCACCGAGGGGCACUGACAGAAGGAUUGUUGACUUUUGCUAUUGUUACAAUCUCCCUUGGGCUUGCUAGAAAGAUUCCUGGGAGUUUCUUUAUGAAGACUUGGAUCUCAAGCGUCUCCAAAUUAACUCUUCACAUACUUGGCUCUGAUCUGACAGGCGGUGUUAUGAACCCAGCCUCUGUGAUGGGAUGGGCUUAUGCCCGUGGGGAUCAUAUAACUAAGGAGCAUAUACUUGUGUAUUGGCUUGCCCCAGUAGAGGCAACUCUUCUGGCAGUGUGGACAUUUAAGUUGCUAGUUCGACCAACAACUCAAGAAAGAAAGGAAAACUUGAAGGGUAAAUCAGAUUGAAGAAGUUCCUUUCAUUUCUCUCUCUCUCUCUCCGCUGUUUAGAUGAUCUGACCUUAAAGAUUCAAGGCAGGGAAAUGUAUAUGUCCAGUCCAAGUGAAGGAGUUCACUGUUAGUCUUAGCUUGAUAAUAAAUGCAAAUUAUUUUGUGUUGAUAUGUACACGUCAUAGCUUGAUAAGUUAAUGCAAAUCAUAUCAUGUGUUGCAAUGAGAA